UAUGAAUCGAAAUACUAAAAAACAUCAAACUCAAUUAUAAACAAAUAUUCCUCAUCUUCAUACAGGAACUACAAUUGCUGAUAAGUUUAUAUUAUUGGAAAAGGUAGGAUAAGGUAGCUUUGGAUAUAUUUUUAAAACAGAGAAUAUUGAAACUAAAGAGAUAGUAGCAACAAAAUUUGAGAAAAGAGAGAAUCGAAGUAAUGGUUCAACAAGUAUGUUAGUUAGAGAGAUCAAAGUAUUAUUAGAAUUAAGUGGGGUGGAAGGUAUAAAAAAUAAUUAUUGUAUAAAGGAUUCCCAUAGAUUCAAUAUUAUGGAAGAGAUGAAAAUUAUAAUUAUUGCAUGAUUACUUAUUUAGGUCACAAUUUAGAAUACUUACUAAGAAGAAGCAAAGGAUUUUCAUAAUUAUCUUGUCUUAAAUUAUCUCUUCAAUUAAUUGAAAGAUUGGAAUCUUUGCAUAAUAAGAAUAUUAUUCAUAGAGAUUUAAAACCAGAAAAUAUGGUAAUUGGAUAUAUAGACACACAUAUUGUUUAUUUAAUAGAUUUUGGGUUAGCUAAAUAUUUUAAGGAUAGUAAUGGAUAACAUAUAAUACUUUCUGAUAAAAAAGGAAUCAUUGGAACUGCUAGAUAUGCAAGUAUUGCAGCUCACUAAGGAUUAGAGUAAUCUAGAAAAGAUGAUUUAGAGAGUUUAGCUUAUGUGUUAAUCUAUUUAAAUAUGGGAAAACUUCCAUGGAUGAAUCUUUAAAUUGCAGAUAAACAUGAAAAAUAUUCAACUAUACUAGAAAUGAAGAAAAAUGUUAAAUUAGAAGAAUUGACAGAAGGACUUCCUUAGGUAAAGUGAAAUUUAAUUUAGUGUUAUCUAUUAUUGUUACAACAUGCAAAAUCGAGAGAAUUUUCAGAAUCUCCAAAUUAUGCUUUUCUUAAAGAUUAAUUUAGAAAAAUUAUCAAUGAAAAAGAAUGUGAAGAAUCAUUUUACAUGUUUGAUUGGGAAAAAUUAGCAGAAGUUAAAAAUAAAAAAUAGACUCUUUAAAAUAAAUUAAUUAAUCCUCCUAUCGUUAGAAGUACAAUCAAAAGAUCUUCAGCUGUUGUUGAUAAUCCAAAAAAAUAACCUUCUACUUAUUUAAUCAUUCCUGAACCAGAAAAUUUUGAAAAUAGAAGUCGAAAUGUAAUAUUUAUAUUAUAUAUUUUAUUUAGGGAGUUAGUAUAAAUACAUAAGGAACCUCCAAGUUGAUUAAUUAUUAAGCUAGUUAAAAAAAUAUUGUUGAAGUUGAUAAAUAUAGAAGAUUCAUGCAAUAAUAAUUACCUAGAAAUUAAAGAAAAAGUCAAACUGUAGUAUAAAAAUAAUAAUAAGCUUUUUGCAAAGAAACUAGCAAACAUUUUCAUGAAAGAAUGAAAACUAUCGAAUAAGUAGAAUAAGAAUUUGAAUCCUUCAAUGAUUUAGAUUUAUUAGCUGAGGACGAUGCAAAUUUACACUUUAAAAAUAUUGAAGCUUUCUCUUUUAAACAUUAAUUGUAUCAUUGA